CACGGCUUCGGUGGCCUGGCCUUCACGCGAUCUCCUUCGACGGCGGCGCGAACCAUAAAAAAAAAGAGGGGUAGGUAACCCUUUCUAGGGUUAGGGGUUCGAUCGACGCCGGAGAAGGAUGCCGAAGAACAAGGGAAAGGGAGGGAAGAAUCGCAAGAGGGGAAAGAACGAGGCCGACGACGAGAAGCGCGAGUUGGUCUUCAAGGAGGACGGCCAGGAGUACGCCCAGGUCCUCCGGAUGCUUGGCAACGGCCGUUGCGAGGCAACGUGCAUCGACGGAUCCAAGAGACUCUGCCACAUCCGCGGUAAGAUGCACAAGAAGGUGUGGAUUGCAGCAGGGGACAUCAUCCUCGUCGGCCUCCGCGACUACCAGGACGACAAGGCCGACGUCAUAUUCAAGUAUAUGCCCGACGAGGCCCGUCUCCUCAAGGCCUACGGUGAGCUUCCUGAGAACAUCCGCCUGAACGAGGGCAUUGGAGGCCUCGACGAGGAGGACGAGGGUGGUGCUGACGACUAUAUCGAGUUCGAGGACGAAGAUAUUGACAAGAUCUAAGGUAGUGAUGGGAUCGAUUGGGCCUUCUUUCUAUCUCUCGAAUGUUUCAAUUUCAGUUUAGUUUAUUGUACGUCUAAAUUUGCUGCUUGAAUGUUUUAAAGUAUUUCAUAAACCAAGUACGAAGAUGCUUAUUUGCUGUGUUUUGUGAUUCUUAUAUUUAGAUAUAUAUAUAAAAAAAUCCUAUCUUUGAGCA